AGUCACUUUUGAGCAUCCAUCCAGCAUAGAAGCUCUUCAGUUACAUCGCGGUUUGGUAUUUUAAGUUCUUUUUUUUCUGGUUAUUCUGUGCUUUUUACAUUCUGUUGGAGGCAAAAAACAUUGCUCGGUCAAGUGCACUGUGUGAACCGGUUGGGAACCGAUUGCGAAAGCGAGAUGGAUGAAUUCUGUGGUUCAGCGUUUUGGGAUGCCAAUUUGACUUGGCAUACCAAUGAACCAGAUCUGACUCCGUGUUUCCAGCAGACAGUACUUAUUUGGACACCAUGUUUAUUCCUGUGGGCGUUUUCCCUAAUAGAAAUCUAUUAUAUUCGUUCGAGCCGGAAUCGGGACAUUCCCUGGGGAUUUCUCAACACCACCAAGCUCGCAGUAAACUGUGCCCUUAUUGUUCUAACAUCUGUGGACCUGAUCAAGGCGAUGAUAAGUAAGGAGGAGGGAGCAAUCUUUGCCGUUCACUUCUACACGCCAGUGAUAAAAAUAGCCACAUUUGUUCUGGCUGCAGUCUUGAUGUACUACAACAAGAAGCAUGGACUGCAGACGUCUGGACUUCUGUGGCUGUUUUGGUUCUUCCUCUUCAUCUUCAGCAUUCCUCAGUGCCGAACUGAAGUUCGCAACAGUAACAUGAGGAAUUCGCUAGCAAUUGAGAAUUCCUGGGCUGAGUAUCAGUAUAUCAGCUUCAUGGUUUACUUCACUUUUCUCUGCGAAAUGUUCCUCCUCAACUGUUUCGCUGAUAAAAGGCCACGAGUCUCGAAUUACGAUAAGGAUGAGAAACCUUGUCCGGAAUUGUCUGCUAGUUUCUUGUCGAGAAUAUUCUUUGCCUGGUUUGAUCCAUUGGCAUGGAGGGGCUUCCGGAAACCCCUUGAAAAUAGCGAUUUGUGGAAUAUGAAGCCAGAAGAUUCAGCCAAGGAGGUGAUGCCACUUUUUGCCAAGUAUUGGAAUAAGACUUUGGCUAAGACGGCCGAAAAGAAUAAACCCACUCCGCCGAAGGCUACAUUCUCCAAAGAUGCAGCUAGUGUCAAUUUUACAAAGCCCAAAGCCAGGAAGAAUGCUUCAAUUUUGCCGGCAAUUGUUAAAGCAUUUGGGCCAACUUUUCUUUUUGGUGCCAUGCUCAAGUUCUUUCAGGACAUUCUGACUUUCGUGAGUCCGCAAGUUCUGAGGCUGUUGAUCAAUUUUGUGGGGACGUCAGGAGAUGAGAAUCCAGAGGAGGAUUGGAAGGGAAUUUUCUAUGCGUUUUUGCUGUUUAUUGUGGCAUCGACUCAGACACUUUUCCUAGCACAGUACUUCAAUAGGAUGUUCUUUGUGGGCUUGAGAAUUCGAACAGCCCUCAUCUCGGCCAUCUACCGGAAGGCUCUGGUGAUGUCAAAUAAUGCCAGGAAGGAGUCAACUGUGGGAGAAAUUGUCAAUCUCAUGGCUGUUGAUGCUCAGAGAUUUAUGGAUCUCACUGCUUACAUCAAUAUGAUCUGGUCGGCUCCAUUGCAAAUUGGUCUAGCUCUGUACUUCCUCUGGGACAUCCUGGGACCAUCUGUUCUGGCUGGAUUGGCUGUCAUGAUCAUUCUUAUUCCGGUCAACAGUGUAAUUGCCAAUAAAGUCAAAACCCUCCAAAUUCGUCAGAUGAAGAAUAAGGACGAACGUGUGAAACUCAUGAAUGAAGUUCUCAGUGGAAUUAAGGUGCUUAAACUUUACGCCUGGGAGCCGAGUUUUGAAGAGCAAGUCCUGAGGAUUCGUGAGAAGGAAGUUCAGGUACUUAAGGAGCAGGCGUACUUAAAUGCUGGAACAUCGUUCAUCUGGUCCUGCGCUCCAUUUCUGGUGGCUUUAAUCACGUUCGCUACGUAUGUUUUGGUAGAUGAAGCUAAUGUCUUGGACGCAUCCACGGCUUUCGUUUCACUCUCACUAUUCAACAUUUUACGUUUUCCUCUGUCCAUGCUUCCUAUGCUGAUUUCUAAUAUGGUUCAAACAAGCGUUUCGGUGAAGAGAAUAAACAAAUUCAUGAACUCUGAAGAGUUGGAUCCAACAAAUGUUCAGCAAGAAUCAAAAGAAAAUGCUGCGCUUGUGAUUGAGAAUGGUCAGUUUUCGUGGGGUGGGGACGAAACUGUCCUCCGGGACAUUAAUAUGCGCGUUGAGAAGGAGAAAGUGGUGGCUGUGGUGGGUACUGUGGGAUCAGGAAAGAGUUCUCUCGUAUCGGCUUAUCUUGGGGAAUUGGAGAAAUUGUGUGGGCGUGUUGUGACCAAUGGAAGAAUUGCCUAUGUGUCUCAGCAGGCAUGGAUUCAAAAUGCCACUCUGCAGGACAAUAUUUUGUUUGGAAAGGAUAUGGAUAGGAAGCGGUAUGAGCGUGUGAUUGAAGCGUGUGCCUUGAAGCCGGACAUUGAGAUGCUUCCGGGUGGCGAUCAGACAGAAAUUGGCGAGAAGGGUAUCAAUUUGUCGGGUGGGCAGAAACAGAGGGUGUCCUUAGCGAGGGCUGUGUACAAUGAUGCUGAUAUCUAUUUUCUCGAUGAUCCUCUAAGUGCCGUAGAUUCUCAUGUGGGAAAGCAUAUUUUUGAGCAAGUUGUGGGGAGAAAUGGAAUGUUGGCCAAGAAGACGAGACUCUUGGUUACGCAUGGUAUUACGUACUUACCCGAUGUUGACUACAUUUACGUACUUAAGGAUGGGGAAAUCUCAGAAUCGGGUGCCUAUCAGGAGUUGUUGAAUAAGAAGGGGGCAUUUGCUGAAUUUUUAAUUCAUCAUUUGCAAGAAAAUACUUCGGAUGAAUCGGAUAAUUUGGACGAGUUGAAGCAACAAUUGGAAUCAGUUGUAGACAAUGAGGAACUCCGAGGGAAACUCGAAAGGGCCAUUAGUCAGAGAUCACGAAGUGAGAGCAACUCAGAAACUGGGUCUCUCCAUGAUACACCGUCUCGGAAAAAUUCCGAUGCAUCUGCAGAUGGAAGUAUUCUGAGGCGUCGAACGCCAGAAAAGAAAGAUGGUAGUACAAAGGAGAAGGAGAAGUUGAUUGAGCAGGAAAAAUCGGAAACUGGAAGUGUCAAGUGGGAUGUGUACAAACACUAUCUUCGGAGCAUUGGUAUGCUCCUGUCAGUGACGACAAUCUUGCUAAAUAUGGUAUUCCAGGGCUUUUCCAUUGGAUCAAAUGUUUGGCUAGCUCGAUGGUCAACUGAUCCAAAUGCAGGAAAUGAUACAGGAACAAGGGAUAUGUAUUUGGGAGUUUAUGGAGCUCUCGGUGCUGGUCAAGGAUUUUUCUCAUUCUUUGCGGAUCUCUUGCCGCUCUUGGGUGCCCUUGGAGCUGCCAAAAGACUCCACAAAGAGAUGCUUGUUGGUAUAUUGAGAAGUGCCCUUAAUUUUUUCGACACAACUCCAAGUGGGAGAAUUUUGGCGCGUUUUUCCAAAGAUGUCGAAGCAAUUGAUACAGUUUUGCCUAUGCAAAUGAGUACGAUGCUUUGGUGUCUCUUUGAGGUGCUGGCCACAUUGGUUGUUAUCAGUAUUUCAACGCCUCUUUUUGUUGCUGUAAUUCUACCAAUUGGACUACUCUACUACUUUGUCCAAAGAUUCUAUGUGGCUACAUCUAGGCAACUGAAGAGACUGGAAUCUGUCUCAAGAUCGCCAAUUUACUCCCAUUUUGGUGAGAGUAUCACAGGAGCUCAAACAAUUAGGGCCUAUGGAGUACAAGAGCGGUUCAUUGGUGAAUCAGAAGACAAAGUGGACUUCAAUCAAGUCUGCUACUUUCCCAGUAUCAUUGCCAAUCGCUGGCUAGCAGUUAGAUUGGAAAUGGUGGGAAAUCUGAUUAUCCUUUUUGCUGCUAUGUUCGCUGUCCUCGGACGCGACAGCACAGAUGAGGGUUCGGUAGGACUUUCGGUGUCCUAUGCUCUGCAAAUUACGCAGACCCUCAAUUGGUUGGUCAGAAUGACGUCAGACGUGGAGACGAAUAUUGUGGCAGUGGAGCGUAUCAAGGAGUACGCUGAGACAAAGCAGGAAGCUCCAUGGGAGUUGCCCAAUGCGACAGUACCGACUAAUUGGCCAGAAGUGGGAACGGUGGAAUUCAAGAAUUUCCAAGUGAGGUAUCGAGAGGGAUUGGAACUUGUUCUGCGUGGAAUUGAUUUUGUGGUUGAUGGUGGUCAGAAAGUGGGAAUUGUGGGACGAACUGGAGCUGGAAAGUCCAGUUUGACACUGUCCCUAUUUCGGAUUAUUGAAUCCGCUGGUGGAAGUAUCUUGAUCGAUGGACAGGAUAUUUCAAAAUUGGGCUUGCAUACGCUACGAUCCCGAUUGACGAUUAUACCGCAAGAUCCGGUGUUGUUUUCUGGAUCACUGAGAAUGAAUCUAGAUCCUUUCAAUAGCCAUUCAGAUGAUGAUGUUUGGCGUGCAUUGGAACAUGCACAUCUUAGGGCAUUUGUUAAGGGAUUGACCGCUGGGCUGAAUCAUGAAGUUUCCGAAGGUGGUGAGAAUCUGUCAGUGGGACAGAGACAGCUUGUUUGCCUGGCAAGGGCACUUUUGAGGAAGACAAAAGUGUUGAUUUUGGAUGAAGCUACAGCAGCUGUUGAUUUGGAAACUGAUGAUCUUAUCCAGCGUACAAUUCGCACAGAAUUCAAGGAUUGUACAGUCCUCACAAUUGCUCAUCGUCUCAAUACAAUUUUGGAUUCGGAUAGGGUGAUUGUGCUCGAUCGUGGACAAAUCCUUGAAUUUUCCUCACCCAGUGAAUUGCUCCAAGAUAAAAAAUCUGCCUUCUACAGUAUGGCUAAGGAUGCCAAUUUAGUUUAAGAAUGAAAUCAGUCCGAUUCAGGUAAAAUAAUUUACUUAAAAAUAAUAAUAAACAAAAGAAUUUCUGGAGAUUUCACCAAGAGAUUCCAAUCUCAAGGACAGUACAGAGUGUUCCAUCUGAAUUCUCCUCUUAAAAUAUU